AUGUCUAUAGCUCCGAUUAUUACCUUCAAAGCGGGUAUCUGUGACCUCGAGACGUCCGGUGAAACCUCCGUCGUCAAGCCCAAGCCCACCCCCGGUUACAUCUACCUCUACUCCGAAGAUGAGCUGGUACACUUUUGCUGGCGCCCCAGAUCUGCUCCCCACACGGAACCCGAGCUCGACCUGGUAAUGGUUCCCUCCGAUGGAUGCUUUGUGCCUUACAAGCCUGUCGACUCUACAGCACCUACCAAUGGCCGUAUCUACGUCUUGAAGUUCUCCUCCAGCUCCCAACGGUACCUCUUCUGGCUGCAGUCCAAGACUCAGCACGAGGACGGAAACCCGAGCUGGUUCAGCCAAAGAGAUCUUAAGCUAGGAGAGAUUGUCAACGGACUACUUCAGGGUGAAGAUGUUGAUGUAGAACAUGAGAUCGCCAACCUUCCUCGAGGUGGUCCUUCGGGCGGCGAUGACGACGAGACUAUGGAAGAUGUUGAAGGCGUGGACCAUGACCCGAACCACAACCACGGAGGAAACAGCGGAGGAGCAGGCCCGGAUGCGACUGGCGGUGAUGUUCGGGCGGAAGGCCAAGGAUCGAGGGAGGGUGGUGCCGAUGGUGGAAGAGCGGCCGCCGCUGACUCGGAUCCUUCAUCUGUCGUGCAGAGCUUCCUGCAGUCGUUGCAUGGGGGCUCACGGCAAUCCCAAGACCCCGAGAGACCUUUCACUACUCUGCAAGAUCUACUUACAACCUCGACUACAUUGCCUUUCCUGGAAUCUGCGGACGAAAAAGCGGUUGACAAUCUCCUGAGCUUCCUGCCACCAUCGCUGCUUCUCCUGGCACAGGACAAUGAUCUCGACGAAGCCGCGGCAGCUGAUCAGGACCCGGACAUUGCUCAAGCCGCCCUGGGAUCCCUCGAACUGACGCAAAAGAAAGAGAUUCUGCGCAAAGUUCUACACUCACCUCAAUUUGCGCAGAGUCUAGCAAGCUUGACGAUGGCCAUUAGGGAUGGUGGAUUACCGAGCAUCAGCGAGGCCCUAAAAAUUCCGGUUGCAAAUGGAGGAUUCAUGCGUAGAGGGGGAGUUCCAUUGGGUGGUGGUGAUGCUGUUGAAGCAUUCCUUCAAGGCGUUCGGGAUCAUGUUAAGGAUUCGGCUCAAGGAAACCGUAUGGACACCGAUUGA